GGCACGCUUACGGCCGACAGCCUUAAACUUUACCUCGCAAAUACCAACAUCGACUCCGUCGGCGGCCAAAAGUCCCUCACCCCACUCGCUGCCGCCUCCUCCCGAGGCCAUCUCGAUAUCGUCCACCUGCUUCUCAGUAAUCACGCGAGCCCUAAUGCCCCCUCCCCUUAUGGCCGCACUCCACUCUUUUACGCCACCUCCAAGUCGCCGGCAAAGGAUCGGCUCGCCAUCGUACACGCCCUUCUUGAUGCCGGUGCCCAGAUCGACGCAUGCUCUGCCGACGACGAUCUGUACACGCCGCUCAUGAACGCCGUCACCGAGAUACGCGACAAGGAUGUCGUGCACGAGCUUGUGGAUCGCGGCGCAUCACUCACGCAGAAGAAUGCGCAGGGCCAGACGGCUCAGGAUCUGGCCAAGAAGACAGGGAUGGAGCGAGACCUCCGACCGCGGGCGGAGAGGAAUUCUACUCGGGCACAGAUCAUCGACGCCAUCCUCUCAGUGGUGAUGAUCAUCAUCGCGUACAUCAACAGUGGCGUGAUGAAGGACGUCGUCGCUGGCAUCGUCAAGAAGCUGUACGGAAUCAACGGUAGUAAGGACCCGGAGCUUGCAAAGGACAUCCCCGAGCCUCGCACGGCUGAGGAGUUCAAGGAGAGUCUCAACACCUACGUCAAGGAUUCCGGCCUCGAGAAGUUUUUUGCUCGCGACGAUCCCUUCCUUCAGACCCUUGCAGAGAAGGCUGCAGCACUGCGCGACGACAGCACGACCUUCCUGGGCAAACCCGACAACAUCAAGCAUCUCACUCGCCUUAGUCUAUAUCAGCCUGUUAUCUACUGCGACGACAGCGGGUCGAUGCAGGCGGAAGACCGAUACACGCACCAGCGCGAGCUCGUCAAUCGCAUCGCCCGCAUCGCCACCAAGAUCGUCCCCGAUGACCUUGGCGUCGAGCUCCGCUUCAUCAACUCCGGGUCCUCGAAGAAUCUGACCGCAGCCGAGAUCGACGCGGCCGUCGGUGCCGUGCAUCCCAACGGAGGAACGACGAUCGGCACCGAGCUGCGCAAGAAGAUUUUGGACCCGCUAGUGUACAAGGCGCUCCCCAGCCAGUCUCUCCGUCGCCCACUGCUCGUGUGCACGAUCACCGACGGAUGUCCCAGCAACGAGCGCGAAACCACCUUCAAGGAGGCGAUCGUGGAGUGCAGGCGGGAGGUGGUGAACCACGGGUACGAGUCGACGGCGGUGAUGUUCUCCAUCAGCCAAAUCGGGGGCGACAAGAGCGCGAAGGCGUUUUUGGACGGGUUGAGGGACGACCCGGAGAUCGAGGACGUCCUCCGCUGCACGACGGAUCAGCUGGACACCAAGUUGCAGGAGCUGAAGGAG